AUGUCUCAGAUCAACCAAAAAAUUAUACAAGAAGUUAAACCUCCCAUGAAAAAAAUAAGAGAAGUAUCAAAUCUGAGAAAAACAAUACGUCUAGUUUGUUUAUACGAAAAGGAAGAGACAGAGUUAGGGAGACAACAAGCACCUGGCUCGUGUCCUCAUUGUGGAGGUAAAGUGCAAAUGAUUGAUGUCGAAAGAAAAUGGAUGUUUUGUUUCGUUCCUCUCUGUUUCAACAUCAAGAGAAAGUACCUGUGUUCUUCUUGCGAUCGUCGUCUCGUUUUGUAUCAUCAACCGUUGAAGUAA